GUCUGUUUUCCUUGCCGUCUUGGGAAUGGGGAGGAGGUAGCAAAAAGAUCCAAGCACCACCGGCCAAAAACACCAACCACAAAGCAAAGCUUCCUCUUGAAUUCUCCGAAUAGGCUCUCAACCCUUGUCCUCUUCCUCUCUUGUAGAAGUAAUCCCACUUUUCUCCCGCACAUCCGAUCCAUAUACGCGAGGAUAGUGAAGAAGAAGGCCGUCCCUCUCACUCUCUUGUCCAGGUCGUUUUGAUCGGCUCGAUCGAGGAGAUCGCCGUGAGGGUGUUUACGAGAGGUGCAGAUCCGAUCAUCUUCGCUUCAUCACAACCCUGAUGAAUGGAUUCUUGCUGCAAAUAGCCAGUGCCUGAGGAGUGAGCUGAGCUGAGCUUUCCCCACUUGCCAAGCAGAAGAAUUUCGCGCAGGGCCGAAGUGCAGGGUGAGGAAAAGGUUUUGUGGCUUUGUUAAAAGUACAAAAAGAAAGUGGUCAUUUCUGUCCCUGUCUCUCUCUCAUCGGUCCAAGAGAGGAGAGAGAAGGCCAGUCCGAGACACAGUGAGCAAGACGCACGCACCCCAGCCCCAGGUGGAUGCUUGUUGAAGCCUCACCUCUCCGGUCUCCACUCUCCCUCCAGCUCUUGCUUGCCACUUCCCCACAAACCGCCGCUGCUUCGAGCUCGCCACUGCUCUUGCGCCAAAACUGCGUGCCGAAAUUAUCGGCCGCGUACUUCGCUAGUUGAAAGUUGAAACCCACACAUCCCCAAUUCUCGCGCUGUUCCGUCCCAAUUCGUUGCUGUUCUGUUCUUGGAUUCCCGUACCAAGAACUCCGAUUCCUCCACCAAAUUCCCAAUCUUUGAUCCGAAACUUCACCCCAAAUCCGCCAAGGAGCUAGGUAGGCAGGCGGCCAUGGUGUCCAGCUCCUACUCCAACCUCCUCGACCUGGCCACCGGGGCCGCGGACCAGGGCCCACCGCCGGCAUCUCUCGGCGCGCUCCGGCGGCGGCUCCCGAGCUUGGUGACCACCCCGGGCCUCAUCGAGGACUCGCCGGCGUCCCCCUCCACGCCGUCCCCGGCGCCGCGCCCGCGCACCAUCGUCGUCGCCAACCACCUCCCCAUCCACGCCCACCGCCCGGCGUCGCCGUCGCAGCCGUGGACCUUCUCCUGGGACGAGGACUCCCUGCUCCGCCACCUGCAGAAGAGCUCCUCCUCCCCCUCCAUGGAGUUCAUCUACAUCGGCUGCCUCCGCGAGGACGUCCCGCCCGCCGACCAGGACGCCGUGGCGCAGGCGCUCCUCGACUCCUACAACUGCGUCCCGGCCUUCCUCCACGCCGACGUCGCCGCGCGCUACUACCACGGCUUCUGCAAGCAGCACCUCUGGCCGCUCUUCCACUACAUGCUGCCGCUCACCCCGGACCACGGCGGCCGCUUCGACCGCCUGCUCUGGCAGGCCUACGUCUCCACCAACAAGGUCUUCGCCGACAAGGUGCUCGAGGUCAUCAACCCGGACGACGACUUCGUCUGGGUGCACGACUACCACCUCAUGGUGCUCCCAACCUUCCUCCGCAAGCGCUUCAACCGCAUCAAGCUCGGAUUCUUCCUCCACUCGCCCUUCCCGUCCUCCGAGAUCUACAAGACGCUGCCCGUGAGGGAGGAGCUCCUGCGCGCCCUGCUCAACUCCGACCUCAUCGGCUUCCACACCUUCGACUACGCGCGCCACUUCCUCUCCUGCUGCGGCCGGAUGCUCGGACUCCCCUACGAGUCCAAGCGGGGCCACAUUUGCCUCGAGUACUACGGCCGCACCGUCAGCAUCAAGAUCCUCCCCGUCGGGGUCUACAUGGAGCAGCUCAACGCCGUGCUCGCUCUACCAGAGACGGAGGCCAAGGUCGCCGAGCUCAUGGACACCUACACCGGGAACGGGAAGGUCGUCAUGCUCGGCGUCGAUGACAUGGACAUUUUCAAGGGGAUCAGCCUCAAGCUGCUCGCCAUGGAGGAACUGCUUCGCCAGCAUCCCGAGUGGCGGGGAAAGCUGGUGCUGGUGCAGGUGGCAAAUCCGGCGAGAGGCCGUGGGAAGAAUGUUGCCGGUGUGCAGGAGGAGACUUACGCUAUGGUGCAGAGGAUCAAUGAGGCCUACGGCGCGCCGGGGUAUGAGCCCGUGGUGCUCAUCGACCAGCCAUUGCAGUUCUACGAACGCGUCGCCUACUAUGUCAUUGCAGAGGUGUGCCUGGUGACUGCUGUCCGUGAUGGCAUGAACUUGAUCCCCUAUGAGUAUGUUGCCUCCCGGCAAGGCAACGAUAAGCUCGACAGGAUACUGAGGCUGUGCAAGCCCGAGGAGAAGAAGAGCAUGCUGGUGGUCUCUGAAUUCAUCGGGUGCUCCCCAUCGCUGAGCGGCGCAAUAAGGGUGAACCCAUGGAACAUCGAGGCUGUGGCAGAUGCUAUGGAGAGUGCUCUUGUGCUUCCAGAGAGGGAGAAGAAUAUGCGCCAUGAUAAGCACUACCGCUACGUCGAGAAACACGAUGUCGGCUACUGGGCUAAUAGCUUCCUCCAGGACCUUGAGAGGACCUGCAAGGAUCACUCGCAACGACGGUGCUGGGGGAUUGGCUUCGGCCUGCGGUUUAGAGUGGUCUCUCUUGAUCUGAGUUUCAGGAAGCUUGCCAUGGAGCACAUUGUUCAGGCAUACAGGAGGUCCAAGAAGCGUGCGAUUCUGCUGGACUACGACGGUACACUGAUGCCACAGGCGAUCAGUAAGAGCCCGACUGCCAAAUCUGUCCAGAUACUGAACAGCUUGUGCCGGGACAAGCAAAAUUCGGUGUUCCUUUGCAGCGGGUUCACACGACCCACGCUCCACGAGUGGUUCCCUUGUGACAACCUUGGCAUGGCAGCAGAGCACGGCUACUACAUGAGGUUGAAGAGGGACGCAGAGUGGGAGACUUGCAUUCCAGCUGCAGACUGCAGCUGGAUGCAGAUUAUACGGCCGGUUAUGGACCUCUACACCGAGACAACGGACGGUUCAAUCAUCGAGCAGAGGGACACCGUGCUUGUUUGGAACUAUGAGGAUGCCGAUCCAGAUUUUGGGUCAUGCCAAGCUAAGGAGCUCGUUGACCAUCUCGAGAGUGUGGUCACGAACGAACCGGUGUCCGUGAAGAGUACCGUACACUCUGUUGAAGCUAAACCGCAGGGUGUGAGCAAAGGGCUGGUAGCACGACGCAUGCUGGCGACACUGAAGGAGAGGGACAUGCGCCCUGACUUUGUGCUCUGCAUCGGGGACGACCGUUCCGAUGAGGACAUGUUCCAGUUCAUCUCCAGCGCUCCUUGCGGGGAGGACCUUGCACCGACAGCGGAGGUCUUUGCCUGCACAGUCGGCCGCAAGCCGAGCAAGGCCAAGUACUAUCUUGACGACACAGCAGAGGUCGUGAGGCUGAUGCAGGGGCUGGCAUACGUCUCGGAGGAGCUUGCUCUGCAAAUCCCAGCGGAGGGCGAAGACCCUGAGGACCUGUGGUGUGUUGGCGAGCUGCAGUAGUCGGAAUUGGAAGUGCAGGGCGUGGUUGUUGUGUUGGCCCAGUUUGAGACACUUUGCAGAGUAGUUUAGUUGUACAUGACACAAGAGGUGUGCUUUUCAGGGUAUUGUUGUGCUGUCUGUGAUUUAUUAGUACUUGCUUAGAGUGUAUUGGGUUCAAUAUCAAUUCUGGUAGUGCUCUAGUUACCUCAUCAGCAAUAAUAUUUUGUCUCUGAAUGCCA